AUGGAGAACAACGCCAUAUACACCCCAGACACUGGGGUUGCGCGAACUGGUCCGAUAAGACAGGUCGACAGAGAACAUGCCGGAGAAGACCAGAUGCUAGUCGAGGUGGGAGGCGUGGACACAGGACUCCGGUAUCGAAGCGCCGAGGAGACUCCUCUGCUUGCUGGGGACAGCAGGAGAAGCAGCGCAAGCAGCAGGCCUUCUGCGUACGAGGACUUCUCUGCGAUCCCAUGGUAUAAACGGCCGUCGAUCUACUGGAUGCUUCCCAUGUUUUUCUUGAUGGCAAUCGCGAAUGCUGGCAUUCUAGUGCCUAAGAUGAAUCUCAUCAUCACGCUGCUCUGCCGCGAAUACUUCUCCGAUAAGGCAAUGCAGGACCCAAACUUUACAACUCUUCCCGUCGUCUUCGGAGACGAGAACCCGCAGUGUCGGAGCCCUGAGGUGUCGGCUUAUGUCGCCGAGUUCACCUUGAUAGGAAAUCUGCUCUCGGGCAUCCUCUGCGCCAUCACUUCGCCCAAGCUUGGAGCUCUCUCGGACCGAUAUGGCCGUUUGCGUAUCAUCAUCAUUUCGAGCAUCGGCAUGUUGCUUGGAGAAGUCAUCGUCCUGUGCGCAGCUUCUUAUCCUGACACGAUCCCGGUUGGCUGGAUCCUCGUGUCAUACGGCGUCGAGGGGCUGUUUGGGUCCUUUAUUGCUGCCAUGGCCAUCGCCAAUUCGUAUGCUACCGACUGCAUCCCAAUCGAUAGACGCAACGUCGUCUUUGGAUACUUUCACGCCGCUCUCUUCACUGGUAUUGCCCUCGGCCCUAUUGUGUCGGCGUACAUCAUCGAGGCUGUUGGCUCCAUUGUGUCCAUCUUUUACAUUGCCGCCGGAAUCCAUGUCACCUUCAUCCUGUUCGCUGGCUUGCUCAUUCCCGAGUCCCUCACGAAGGACCGGCAGAUGGCGGCGCGGGAGAAGCAUGCUCUCGAACGCGCAGCCCGGGCGCCCUCGGCAGACUGGAUCAAUCGCAUGCGGCACCUCAACCUCCUCGAGCCGCUCAAGAUUCUGUAUCCCACCGGCGAAGGCAGCAGUCCGGCAGUUCGCCGCAACCUCCUGGUACUGGCUGGUGUCGACACGACCGUGUUUGGCGUCCACAUGGGUGCUAUGACAGUUGUCAUCAUUUACACGAACUUCCAGUUUGGCUGGACGACGGUCGAGACCAGCCGGCUCGUCUCUCUCGUCAGCGGCAGCCGCGUGUUCUGCCUGCUGGUGCUGCUCCCCAUCAUCACCCGCCUGUACAAGGGCCGCAGCGCGUCAGCAAGCCGCCGCCGCCGCCCUGGCACUGCCGCCGUCCACGAAAAGCCCAGCGGCGCCGAGCCCUUCGACCUCGCACUGAUCCGCUUCGCCAUCGCGCUUGACACGCUGGGGUACCUGGGCUACACGCUCGCGUCGUCGGGCGGCCUGUUCAUGGCGUCGGGCGCGCUGGCGGCGGCGGGCGGCAUGGGCUCCCCCACGCUACAGAGCAGCCUGACCAAGCACGUGCCGGCCGACCGCACCGGGCAGCUGCUCGGCGCCAUGGGCCUGCUGCACGCCCUCGCGCGUGUCGUCGCGCCCACCGUCUUCAACGCCAUCUACGCCGCCACCGUGGGCACCUUCACGCAGCUGGUCUUUGUGUGCUUGACGAGCGUGUUCGGCAUCGCCUUCGUGGCGGCCUUCUUCGUCAGGCCGGGCGUCGGGUUGGAAGAGCCGUCGGCGGAGGAGGUGGUGGCUGGUGUUGGUGUUGGUGUUGGUCGUCCCUUUGGCGGCGAGGGUGAUGAGGAGGUUGAGGUUGGGCGGGGGGUGUAG